AUGGAAGGAUGGCUCGUGCUGCAAAACUUCUAUGAAGGCCUCACGGCCAUGUGCAAAGGGCACGUCGAUGCCGUAGCUGGAGGUGCAUUCCUCUCCCUUACCAUCACUGAGGCCACAGCCCUCAUCGAGAAGAUGGUGGCUAACCAGAGUUGGGGAGAGGGACGCAAGACACAAAAAGGCAUGCAUACCGUCAAGGAGACGGAUUGGCUUGCCGCAAAAAUAGACAUACUCAUGGAAGGACGUGCCACCGAUCCAGCUACCGGCACUGUCCAGGCCAUAGACUCACACAUGACGUGUGAGGACUGUGGAAAUGUUGGCCACAUGGGGAACAAUUGUCCUGAAACCCAGGAAGAUGCUGCAUUCGUCAACAACGGGUGUCGCCAACAACAACAGCAAGGUAAUGGGUGGAACAACCAAAAUCACCCCCAAGGUAAUUCCUCGUUUAACUCAGGCUUUAGUUCAUCCCAGCCUUCACUUAAUGAUCUUGUUCUUGGUCAGGCCAAGAUAAAUGAAAACCUUGUUAAAAAGCUUUCCUUUAAUGAUAAAAUGUUUGAAAACAUAAACACCAAGCUUGAUGGCCUGACCACCUCAUUUAAAGAACAAGCGUCUUUCAAUAAAAGAGUAAUGUCUCAGAUAGAUCAGCUUGCUUCUACUGCUAAGUCUACUACUGGUGUUGAAAAUGUUUGUUCGGUGACCACGAGAGGGGGUAAGACCACUCGUGAUCCACCAAACCCUAACCAUGGUACAGCUAAGACUCCGCGUCAACAAGAACAAACAUCUGCUGAGCCGGUUGAUCCUCAAGACGAAUCAUCAAAUGAGGAACCGACUCCAGAAGUUUAUGGGGACACCACGAUGCUUCCUUUCCCCACCAGGUGGAGGAAGAAGAAGAAGGACGGAGAAGAGCAAUUUCUCCGCUUCAUGGAAAUGGUCAAGAAGACAAACGUUAGUGUCCCGUUGAUGGAUGUCUUGCACAUACCAUCCUAUGCUAAGUUUAUCAAGGAUAUCAUCAACAACAAGCGACCAUUACCCUCCGCAGAAGUCGUCAAGCUGACAGAAGAGUGUAGCGCAGCUAUACUCAACCAUCUACCUGAGAAGAAGCAAGAUCCUGGGUGCCCCACAAUUACAUGCUCAAUAGGCACCCAACAAUUUGAUCAUGCCUUAUUUGAUCUUGGGGCGAGUGUGAGCGUCAUGCCGAAAUCAGUCUUUGAUAGGCUAAACUUCACCAACUUGGAACCAACCAACAUGACACUCCAGUUAGCGGACUCGUCAGUUCGGUACCCAGCAGGGAUUGCCCAAGACAUCCCUGUCAAGAUCAGAGGAUAUUACGUCCCCGUGGAUUUUGUGGUGUUAAAUAUGGAACUCACCAAGGAGACACCACUAAUCCUGGGAAGGCCAUUCUUGAGCACAGCAAAAGCACAAAUUGAUGUGGGAGCUGGAGAAAUCUGCUUCAACAUUAAUGGCCAAGAAGAGAAGUUCGAAUUCAGGCCACGCCGUCAAGAAUCCUGCAACAUGAUAAGCAUCCGCUACGGGCCAAAUCCCCAAGGCAUCAGGGAAGUUGAGAUCCAGCCCCAACUUCUGAAAAACUUAUCAAAAAUAUCAAAACAAAAGCCAGAGCCAAAGCAAAAGGCGGCUCCUAAAAAGAAUAAAAAGGAGCAAAAAAAGAAUGAAGCUCCCGAAAAGAAAAUCCAAGAAAAGAGGGACGAAGUCCCCAAACCCUCACAAAAGAAGACAGUGUGGAAGGUAAAAGAAAAAGUUGAACAAACCGCCACACUGCCCAAGGUGAUCCACCUAGAAUGGAAGCCCAAGAAGGUCCAACCAUCUCCUCCUCCCAAGACAGAUGAGCCAUCAUCAAGCAAACAGUGA